AUGCCACGGCCACGGUGUCUCACAACUACCUUGGCGCAUAAUUGCACCACCAGCCAGCGUAUCGGUCCCAUCUUCGCCACCGCCAUUGGCACUGUCCCGCCGGACGCCUCGGCGGCCAUGGACCUCAGCCCCAGCCCAAGGCCCAAGCCGCCCCAGCCCCGGACAAGGGCCAGUUACGCUGCGAGGUGCAGCUCGGUGCCGGCUGAUGACGACGGCGAUAAAGUCUACGACCCUGAGGGCGGGUCGCAGUCAUCUAGCGUUGGGGAUGAGCCCACCUUAGAUUCUCAUACCCCCGAGAAGCUCACUGGCAAGCGUGGCCGCAGUCGCUCAGAGAACUUCUCAAACGAUGAGAAUGUCGGCAUGUCCCAGUCUCACGCUCCUUCCAGGCUGUGCACUACAACCCGGGCGCCGCAGCUCGGUCUCGCGCACGGACCCGCCCAGAUCCCAGCGACUGUAGAAGUCAUCUGUGGCACCCUACGAGGCACCUAUGAUGUGGCCAAGACCAAGAUCCUCUACCUGUACCACCUGGGGGGUAUCCGGGAAGCCACCCCCACUGAAUUCGAACGCCUGGGCGGCCGUCAGGCCACCAAAAAGUGGAAGCAGAGCAUACGCGUCGUGGAUUCGCACGGUCAGCCCGGCAAAUCGCUGGGGGAAUGGCUGGCUGGAACAGCGGGCACAGCGGGGGAGGGGCAGCGUCAGGCGUUUGCCUGGCUGACCAUGGGGCAACGCACUGGCGGCGGUUGGGCGGAGGGAGCGGGGGACGCCGGGGGUCGCGGAGGAGCUGCCCAGUCCAGCAGCGCUCAGCUUCGGGAGCAGUUCCAUUCGCAGCUUCUGGACUUCCUGACCGGCCGCAUUGAUAACCCGGGGACUGGACCCGGGCGGCCGCUGCUGCCGGACUCAAAAUUCGGUCCCGUAACCGUCGGAUCGCACUCGUUUGACCUGCAGAAAAUGUACGGCAAGGUUCGCGAGCUUGGCGGCUAUGCAGCCCUGGCCUCCAAUCCGAACGGCUGGAACCAGGUGGCGGAGAAGAUAGGUCUCGACAGGGCUGUGGUGAACACCGCACAUGCAUGCAGGUCCGUGUACGAGCACUACCUGCUGCGAGCCGAACGGUUGGAAAAGGCGCGCGAGGCGGCCGGUAUCCCGCUGCCGUCACCGCCACCGCCGGCAGCGGCUCCAGGGGCGGUGGAGCAGCCCGACAGCCCAACUGCCUCUGAGCCCAGCGGCCAGACCGGCGGUGGCGGCGCAGCGGGAGCGGCGCCGAUACAGACAAAGCACGAGCCGCAUACAGUCGACCGCCAUUUCGCAGCUGCUGCUGCUGCUGCCGCCGCUUCCGCGGCGGCUUUGGAACGAUCAGACCGCGCGGCGGCGGUGGCGGCGUCGCAGAGGGCUCUGUCAUCGGCAGUUGCGCAGCAGCAACACCAGUUGGACCGUCCUCCAGUGACAGAGGGCCGCGGUGGCGGCGGUCGGCGGGGCGCGGCGGCAGCGGCGGCGCCUCCGCCAUCAGCGGCUCAGUGGGCAGGAGCGGCAACGGGGUCCCGUUCCGGCGGGGCAGGGUCUGGCGGACAACACGAUCGCCGGGGGGGGCACUUGGCGGACGACGGCGGCAGGAGUGGCCGUGAUGCUCCCGGCGGAAGAGGGCCUUAUGAGGCUAGCACGGGCCGCAACGCCGGUGGUGGUGGCGGCGGCGGUGGCGGGGGCUAUGACUCGGUCCCCAGUGAGGGGCGAGGCAGGCACGACGGUCUGGACAGGGAGGAAUACGACGUGCCCGACAACAGUGAGUACGACGUGCCUAACAGGGGUGAGUACGACGUGCUUCCGGUGCGAAGCGGGUAUGGCGGUGUCUCUCGAGGAGGGCUCGACGGCGGUCGCGGAGGCUAUGACAGCCGCGGCCGAGGUGGGUACGACGGGCCUGGUGGCGGCGAUGGCGGGUACGACAGUGGCGGGCGCUGGAGUUUUGAAAGUGGUGGCCGGGCAGGAGGUUACGAUGGAGGCGGCCGAGGCGGGUACGAGUCUGGGAGCCGUAGCGGGUACAGCAGUGGCGGACGAGGCGGGUACGAUGGUGUUGGCGGCGGGCGAGGGUAUGCCUUUGCUAGCCGCCUGCACGACGGCCCAGCGACGGGCCCUGGCAACAGUGCUCGAUAUCGCCAGGAGCACCCGUCCCUCGACCGACGGCUGACGUUGGAGGCGCUUCUGCAGGGCGCGCAUGCCGUACAGCCCCAACUUGUACGAUCUUAUGACAAUCAGUACGAGCAGCGCUCUUCCCUUCUGCCGCUGGACAUCAACGACGAUCAGCUUCUCCUGGCAGCGGGCCUGGGCCUACAGGGGGCCGCGGGCCGCGACGGCGGCGGCGGCGGCGGUCACGUCGUGAACCCGCUCCUCCUGGACUCGACGCCUACAUUGGCCCGUCAGCAUCAGGGUGGCGGUGGCGGCGGGGCCAGCAUCCAUAUUACCCGCGACGGCGGCGGCGGCGGGGGCACCGGCCGCCUGCAGCUGCAAAUCGGCGGCGGCGGCCGACAACAGCAAGACUCCAGGGAAGCCAUGCUAGUUACGCUGGCGGGUGGCCCUGCCUGCAGCGGUAGCUUGGGCAGCCGGGGGGGCCUUAUGCAGGCCAUUGAGCAGGCUGGUCUCGUCAGCUUGGCUGGCGGGCCCGCUUCCACUGCCAGCCGCCUGCUGCCCGUCACCCUCGGGCGCGGUGGCGGCGGCGGCGGGCUGGGUGUCGAGGCGUUGCACCCGGGCUGGCGGGCCCGUGCCGCGGCCGCCGCUAGCGGCGGCCGCGGCGGCGGCGGCGGUCUCCAGCUCCAGGGCGGCCGUGCCGCUGCCCUCCUGGGCCUUCAGGGCGACCUGGCGGAGGGUGUCGGAGUCGGCGUUGUGGACGACCCCAUGGUUUCCAAUCUACUUUCGGAGUACUUUGGCGGUCAAGGGGGGGGACUGCCUGUGGGGCUGGUACGUACCGGCAGCGGUAAUAUCGGCCUCAGCGGGUUGGGCCUUGCCGGCGCCGGUCUGGGUGGUGGUGGUGGUGGCGGCGGGCUAGGAUACAAGCGAGGACCGCCUGACCUGGGGGGAGGUGGUGCAGGUGGUGGUGGUGGCGGUGGGGAGCCCGGAGUCCUUGGCGGCGGGGCCGGGGGCGGUCCGCAUAAGCGUCAGGCGCUUUGA